UUGUGACCCGGAAACGGAAGUACUUCUUUUUUUCGUUUGGCGUGCCUGCUUAGCCUGCUUGUUAGCCAUUGGAAACAUUCUUUGAUAAAAUGGCUGUGGAAUCGAGAGUUACUCAAGAAGAAAUCAAGAAAGAACCAGAAAAGCCAGUUGACAGAGAGAAGACUUGUCCCCUGCUACUACGGGUUUUCACCACCAACAAUGGCCGACACCACAGGAUGGACGAAUUCGCACGCGGGAACGUCCCGUCCAGUGAACUGCAGAUCUACACCUGGAUGGAUGCCACUCUGAAGGAGCUCACCAGCCUGGUGAAAGAAGUUUAUCCAGAAGCUCGGAAAAAAGGAACUCACUUUGGGUUUGCCAUCGUUUACCCCGACCCCAAACGACAAGGCUACAGGGUGAAGGACAUCGGAAACACCGUUUCGGGGCGGAAGGGGGCGGAUGAUUCCAUGACACUGCAGUCUCAGCGGUUCCAGAUCGGGGACUACCUGGACAUCGCCAUAACCCCGCCCAACAGAGCCCCGCCCCUCAUGGGCCGCAUGCGACCCUACUGACAGUCUCCCUAACACACACACACACUCACACACACACACACCUGCACACACACACACACACUCACACACACACACACACACACACACACCUGCACACACACACCUGCACACAGACACACACACACACACCUGCACACACACACCUGCACACAGACACACGCACACGCACAUACAGACAGACUUGCAUGCACACACACACCCAAGAUUCCCCGCAUAUGUACACACAACUUUUUUUUUUUUUUGUUUAAACCAUUUGAAUUUUAUGUUGAAUUGUCCCCAGACUGACUCUUUUCUGUCUGCUGUAAAACUUGCUGUUUCCCCUCCUGGCAGCUGGAUGUGAAUUAAAGCUUCUGUUUUUAAA